UCUAUUCUUAAUGUAAAAUAACAAAAUCAGAAAGACAAUAAUACUUAUAAAUAUAGAUAUCUACGCUGAAAAAAGAAGAGCAAAGCCUAUACUUUUUUAACUUGCUAAGUAUCAAAGUAUGCACUUACAUAGUUUAUAUAUUAUGCAAAUAGAAUCGAUUGUGAUCGUGUUUUUGAAGACAUCGCGGGAGACAUCCUGAAAUAACAUGAUUUUGCAGCAGCGGAGCGAUGCGCCCGCGUCGCGGCGCUGUCGUCGCACACUUACCCGACGCCAUUUUCACACAGUCUGCGAGCUUUCCCUCACCAGAUCACCAAGCAUCCCCCGCAGCGGCACCGUUGCGAGACAUGAGUCGUGUCGCAAGCUGCGGAGACCUUCGCACGUGCUGACACUCCCUUAGUUCACGUGUACAUAUCAAUUAUUAAACUACUUUAUCUCCGAUGACUCUUAUUCAUUGUAUGAGAGAAACACCAAUGGAUGUUCUGGGAAAACAACAGAACAGGGAGGACGGUGGGAAAUCAUCAAGACCUGUCAGAAACAGACGAUACACACGGAGAAGCUUAGUAGCGGGACAGAGGCCACAAAAACGCCUUUUCACGCCAGAAAUAAAGAGAUAUUUAAAAGACUGGCUUGUGCGACGAAGAGAAAAUCCUUAUCCUAACAGAGAAGAGAAAAAAACCUUGGCACACGAUACUGGACUCACUUACAUUCAAAUCUGCAAUUGGUUUGCGAACUGGCGACGUAAAUUAAAAAAUGUCAACGUGGAUCGGAAUCAACAAACAUGGGGUCACCUUAUACGUACUUACAACGACCGCGCUCAAGGCAACGUUGAACAAUUCAGUAUCUGCUCAGAGGAUAGCAUAUGGAGUGAACCAGAGUUAGCGAGCCUCAACGGCUCUAUGGAUACAAUUGAGUCGAGAUACGCAGACAGUUCCGACACAAACGAAUAUCAAAUGGAAGAUUGCAUCACGUCCUCAUUGUCGAAUGGGAAAUAUGAACAUUUUAAUAACAACAUAGAUGAAAAUAUUCGUGAAGAAACUAAAUCGUUAACGAGCCCUCUAUUACUUAGCAAAUGGUUGGAAAGCGCAGCACGAUUUCAACCGAGCGUGACUAAUUACUCGUGCUGGGCUGACGGUAAGCGACGGAAAAUGGAAAAACCGGAUGGUAAAAUUCAGAAACUUCCUUUGAAAACAAUGCGGCAUGAUAGAGAUGAAGUUGAAGCAGCGGUCGCUUUAACGACGCUGGCCGGCGCCGCAAGUCGUCUUACUACCCCUUAGUUUAAGGUUCUUUAUUAUUACGCCUCUUGUAAGAUUAAGCCCUUUGGGUUAUACCAAAACUUUUUACUAUUAUUUUCUACUUAUUACUAUUACCACUACUAUCGGGUUUACGUUGUAACUCUGUUGUUCCUAAAAAGAUAUCUCACCAGUCAAUUGACCAGAUCCUUUUGUAUGGAAAAUUUUCAUUUGAACUAUCAAAGCAAAUGACGUUACGAUUGUAAGUAAAUUAUAUUCAAGACUUAUUAGAAUACCUUGAAUUUGCUCAAGUAUUAAAUUUAAUGAUAAGCCAUUAAAUAAGUUUUAAUUUGCUUAUAACCAUGUGUAAUAUUUUGAUCUCCAUUAGUUUAGUUCUAUUAUAACUGAUUAACCAAAGAUUGUGUAUAAUAAAUUUAUUGAAAUG